CUAACAUGAUAAUAAAGACAUACAGUUCUCUGGAGAUGCAGUUUGACACUGAAAUAGGGAUUGUAACGAUACUACUGUUAAAAUGUGUAUUUUAAUAUUGUAUUUUUUUUUUAAGCUUCAUCUCUGUAACUGAUCAUGGGAUCGGUAAUUUCGCUGUUUUGAACAGUUUCAGUGGUAGAAUGGCCCUGCUGUGAUAUCUCAAAUUUCAGCAUUUGAUAUAAUUUAUAUGAAGGUCUUAUACGAUAAACAUGAACCAGCGAUAAUAAUUUGCUAUAAGAGAUAAUCAAAUAUAUAACAAGAAAUACAUCUCUCCAUCGUGGCACUCUGGAGCGGAGUGGUGACGUCAUUUUUAUGCUUCUUGUCCUAUCAGUGACCGCUCAUUGUGAUGCUUGGCGCGUGAGGCUAGCGGUCGCUCGUAACAGCGCGUACGCUGCUUAUUGCUAUACGCAGAGCACAGGUGCGUGCGGCCGCACAGUGUCCACACGUAAUGUACAGCUCGCAGUGUGGCGGCGACAGGCGUGGGUGGCGCGGCGCACGCAUGCGCGCGACACCCGCGGGCCGGGACCCGAGCGAGAUGCCUCAGUGGCGCGGCGGGACGCCCGGUCGAUUCCAGGGCGCGCACUGACAUUCAUGUUUGAAUACUAUCAUCCGGAAAAUUCACUGAAAAUUUUAAUCGCAAUCAGUCAAAAUCUUGAUUUAUUAAUUGCAGUCCUCUUUCUAUUAAGUGGUCUGGAUUUUGGUUAACGAUUAUGUUAGAUAAACGUGCAAAGUUCGCUCUUUUAUUCCGGCAUCUUACAAAAAAGUCAUGGAACAUAUCUGGACAUCUGCUCUCAUGUGAUUAAUAAGUAAAACCGCAGAAUGUGUUAUGAAUGUGUAGAUCAAAUGUUAAAUAUUAUUGCUAAAAAUUUUUAAUUAAUAAAUAAGAAGUUAAAUCAAAGUGUUGUUGUUGUGUCAUUAUAGUUAUGAAAAUAGUUAUUAAAUGGAUAAUGUAAAUAGUGAAUUUCUAUAAUCACCUGUGUCAUGCACUGAUUAUUGUUGGUGGAAAAGAUACAAAAAUGUUAGCCUGUUCUACAUCAUCGGUAUUACCUUCGGGCUUGUGGUUAGCCAGGUGAAGGAUGCAGGUGCGGUGGGCGGCGUGGGCGCUGGCGUGGUGCGCGUGCGCAGCGGCCGCGCCGGCCGAGCCGCGCACGCCGCUGCCCGCCGCCACCGCCGCCGCCGCCGCCGCGCCGCCAGCCCCCGCGCCCGCCGUGCCCGUGUGCGAGCCUCUGCUGCUCAAGAACACACCGCCCAUGCCAUUAAAUGCUCGUGAGCACGAGGCGGCAGCGGUGCACACAGCACGAGCGCUGGUGGAGCUGGUGCAGCAGGGCGUGGCGGACGAGGACCGCGCCGCAGCGCUGGCCCGCGCCGCCACGCGCGCCCCCCUCGGCCCUCCGCCCGCCGCAGUCGCACUAGGAGCCCCGCAGCUGCACCUCGGAGUCCUAUUCAUAGCAGAGCCACCUAAACUCGUCGUCUUCCAGCAAAACAAUUCAAUAACUCUACGACAGUUUUGGAGGACGUUGGCUUCUGCAUGGAAUGCGACUACAGCGGUUUGGUCAAACGCUUGGUUCUCAUGCGAGAAGGGCAGCGAGGGCUGGUGGGGCGGCGUGGCAGCAGCUCGUGGUUCAGGGCCGGCGAGAUCAGCUGCAGCGCUGUUUCGGCGUUGGCCCGCCUUGCCUUGUGAAGAAGCUAUGUACGACUGGCUGGGUGGACCUCCUUUGUGCGACGCUGCUACGACAGAUUGUGAAGCAACUCCAUCUUUUGGUUCUGGAGAUCGAAGGAUAGAGUAUCGCUGUAAAUGUCAAGCCGGACAUUGGAACGAGGGCGGCAGCGGGUGGCUGAGUGGAGCGACAUUAGCCGCAGACAACUCCGGGCCUCUGACGUGCACGCCCUGUGGCAUGGGUAGUGACUCCACGGCAUGCCUGGCCGAUACCUACCGCGUCGCACUCCUAGCUGCCAACCUCGCUGGCAUGCUGCUCUGUCUUGUAAUCGGACUCAUUAUCUUUAAGAAGAGAAAAUGUAAAGCGGUGGCAAUGGGAAUGUGGACUGUCCUGGAGGUGGUACUUCUUGGAGCAUUUUUAAUGUAUGCCUCAGCCGCAUCGCAGUACAUAUCUGUGGCGAAGUGGCGGUGCAUAGCAGGCGCGUGGCUAAGGGAGCUGGGCUUCGUGGCUUGCUAUGGCUCCGUAGUGCUGCGGCUGUGGGUACUCCUGGCAGAGUUCCGGACUAGGAAGGCACAUCGGUGGACACCGAGGGACUCAGAGGUGUUACGCGUGGUGGGUGCGAUGGUGUCAGGCGCGGCGUGCUACCUGGCUGCCUUCACUGCGACGGCGGCGUGCGAGGAGGACGCCAGCGCGGGCUGUGCUCGCGCCGCCUGGCACCACGUCACCGCCGGCGCCGAGCUGCUGCUGCUCAUUGCUGGACUCAGAAUCGCAUAUGCUGCCAGAAAUGCCAACGUGCCCUUCCAGGAGCGCGGCUGGCUGGCGGCGGCUCUGUGGACGGAGGGGCUGUGCGGCGUGUGGUGGCGCGGCGUGGCGUGGGGCGCGGCGGGCGCGGCGCCGGAGCGCUGGCCGGUGGCGGCGGCGGCGCGCGCGCACCUCUCCGCCGGCGCCGCGCUCGCCUGCGUGCUGGCGCCCCGCCUCUGGCACGGCUACCGCGCCAGGUCGCUCGCACAGGAGGUAUCUCGUCGCGGCCCGUCGGAGGGUUUCGGCGCGGAAGGCGAGGAGGAGCCGACGUCCGAGGAGGUCCGCGCUGAGCUGAAGCGGUUAUACGUUCAACUGGAGAUACUUCGCAACAAGACGCUGAGGAGAGACAACCCGCACAUCAGCAAGCGGCGCGGGGGCAGGAAGCCGCCGCACCGACGGUUCUCAUUGCAGAAAAAGGGCAGUCGUGAAAAGGCGCUGCAGGCUCGGCGCGGCUGCAAGGGCAAGGCGGGCGGCAGCGCCAGCGCCGUGGAGGCGAGCGAGGCGGGCGACGCGUCGCGCACGCCCGAGGACUCGGUGUGCUCGGCCGAGGGGCCCAGCCACUACACCGACGCCGACACGCAGGCGUGAUCCCAGUCCCCGCACUACUCGCGCCUGCAGCACCUGCUGCGCGUCGAGGUCGACACCGUGUGCGGCUUGUAUGCUCCACCUACCAAAUGAUACUACUUCAUAUAUUCCCACGACGAGCGAGAUCCUCAUCUGGGUUAGUGUGAUAUGUACAUUAGGCUGAUCCUACAUUGGGCGUGUGCACUCAUCGAACGCUACGAGCGAAAACGCGGCGUCUGCGUCGUCUAGGAACGAAUACUCCCAAUUUGGGGUCAGUCUUAGCUGCACUGCACUAGAUUGUUGUUACUCACGUAUUCAACCAAAACUAUGUCUAGAAUCGGUUCCAUCGGUGAAUCUACUGACACGGUAGACAUUUUUGUCAGAAAAAUGGUUGAAUAUUAGUAGGAUAUUAGGGCGAUUGUUACGGAUGUAAAAUUAUAUUUUUAAUGCGAGAGUGGGUCCUAUAGUAAUAAAUUAUGCUAUCAGUAUAUGCCCCACUAUGGAAUCAUUGACAGUAUAUACAUGAAUGUGUAAUUCAUACAAUUUAAAUAUAUUUAUUGAUGGUAAAAAGUAUUAUUUUAAUAAAUUGAGCCAUAUUCAACUGAUGGCCAAUUGCUUAGAAUGGUCCAUUAAAAUAGUAUUAAAAAUCAUUAGAUCUGGAAUUGUUAUUUGUAAGACAACAUUAGGUGUUAUGAAAAUUAAUAUUUUUUACGGGAAGUUAUUAAAAUCUUUAUUCAAUUUUAUAACAUUCACAAUGUAACAACCUCUGUAGAUCGAACAUAUUGAAUACCUACUGAAAUUAUUCGAAGAAACAACAGCUCUAUGAAACUGAUCUGUACAAUACAAAUUACUAGUCAUGAACUACUAAAGUUUUCUAUAGUGUUAUUAUAGGUUUACAAUAUAAUUUUAUAUUAUCAGGCGGUAUAUGUCAUAUUUUAUUUUAAUGCAGUUAUUAUUUUAAGACAUCGUUUUAGCUCUCUGAGCAAAUAAUGUGACUAUACCGCAGAAAUGUAUGUAUUUGUUAAGCGAAAUCUGUAGGGAGUGUUAGCUUAGGUUCACUUACAAAUCAGUACUCAAUAUUUGUUUUUUAUUCUUAAAAUUGUGGUGACGUAUAAAAUUAAGUUAUUUUUAAUUUACAGGACCUGACGUUUUAAACAAGCAAAACACGUCUAAACAAUGUAUCUACAUAUUUACAUAAACCGAAAAACAUGCCUUUCUAUAUGCAGAAAUCUUAUUUUCAUUUGAUGGAGACAGCCCCGGAUCUUCAAUUUUUUUUAGGCGGGGCAAAAGCUGAAAAAUGCCGCCCCGCCUACCUACCUACUUAUGUUUAUUUUCGCCAACGAAAGUCACUUUUUUGGUAGGUAAAUGACUUAAAAAAAAGUGUCCAAAUCAUUAUAGGCUCAAACUGUUGGCCAGGUUUAAGUUAUGAAAGUCGAGACAGAAUAAUGUAAUUAUUGUAAAAAUUUGCGCGAGCGAAAGUAGCGCGCAAUUUUUUUUAAUUUUGGGACACAAAAAGUUAAUAAAUUUAAAAAAGCGCUGGAAAGUAACAAGAAGUCAGAAGCGCAAACUUUGUUGUUUUUGAGGACUCCAUAAAUAAUAUUUUUUGCUACAUUUGACUUAUAAAAGAUAAUAAAUACAUCGUGGAUUUGAGUCAUGAAGUUAUGAAAGCAAUGCAUGUAUAAUAUUGCGCGAGCGAAGCGAGCGCGAAAUUUUUUGAGCCUACGACACAAUAAUAAGUGACUAAGUACAUUGUAAAGCCUCGAACUUUUUUAAAUUAUUUGUUUUAAGACUCACGAAUUAAACAGGGAAUUAUCUGUACUAAUAUUAUAAAGCUGAAGAGUUUGUUUGUUUGUUUGAACGCGCUAAUCUCAGGAACUAGUGGUCCACUUUGAAAAUUUCUUUCUGUGUUAGAUAGCCCAUUUAUCGAGGAAGGCUAUAGGCUACUUUUUAUCCCGGUACGGGAAGUAGUUCCCACGGGAUGCGGGUGAAACCCCUGGCAGAAGCUAGUGUACAAAUAAAAAGAAACCGUGAUAAGAGCGAGUGCCAUUUGCGUUCGUUGAUUCGGAGCGUCAAUAAAAAUAAUAAACAAUCAGAAAAAUAGCACAUACAUUGUUAUUUAGCCGCGAGCGUAGUGAGCGAGAAUUUUUUCACUUAUUUGGAGGAUGUUAAAAGUGAAAAAUAAUCAAAAUGAUCGAUCAAUCAAACAAAGCGAAGGCGAAUUUUUUGUCUGUAUCAUGAUACAAUGUGGAACUUCCUUAUCAAACAAGGGCGUCCCGCGGCGCCCCUGAGACCGAGGCGCCCGGGUAUUCGCACACCCUGCACCAUAGGUUAAGACGGCCCUGAAGACUCACAAAUGAAACUGGGAAUUAUGUACAAAUAAAAAGAAACCGUGAUUAGAGCGAGUGCCAUUUGUGUUCGUUGAUUCGGUGCGUCAAUAAAAAUGAUAAGCCAGCAGAAAAACAAUACAUACAGUGUCAUUUAGUCGCGAGCGUAGCGAGCGAGAUAUUUUUUACUUAUUUGGGGGAUGUUAAAAGUGAAAAAUAAUCAAAAUGAUUAAACAAAGCGAGGGCGACUUUUUCGUAGUAUCAUGAUACAAUGUAACUUCCUUAUCAAACGGGUGUAAUUUUUUCCAAAUUUCCUGGUCGUGGGGCGCCCCUAAGACAUACACACGCCCUGCACCAUAGGUUAAGACGGCCCUGUAGGUAACUAUUAUGGUAAUCUGUGAUGUGUGAUGUAGGAUUUAAAAUCAGGCAGCCGCCUGAUUUUGCCGCCCCCUGAAUUUGCCGCCCGGGGCAUGGGCCCCGGCUUGCCCCCCCCUAGAUCCGGGGCUGGAU